AUGUCGUCUCUAAACAGCCCAAACAGCCCUCAGCCUCCCAAUCACUACCAAAUGCCGGGCUCUUCUACCAGCCACAGUGUUGUUGCAGAGGAUAGACCUCCAACCAAAACCAGGCCCUCCCGCACACCCCUUCAGAAUUUAGUCAAAUUGGUCAAGCUUCUAUGGAUGACACUAUUCCUUCCAAUGGUGGCCUUUGGGUAUCUUGGAUUCUGCUACGCUGCUGCCUCGCGCGUCAUUCCUGUCCGAGUGCACAAAGUUGAUAAUCCAGCAGACCAUCUCAUUGUCAUCAAGGCUGGUGUCACGACAAUCAACAUUCUUAUUAUUGCGAUAGCUCUGUUGCCCCUACAAUCUUUGCUCGGCGACCUCAAGAGUGAAGAGUUCUUCCGAGUCGUCAAGAAUUCAAAUUUGAAGGGCGCCCCUCUGAAGUCGGUCAAUGACGUUUCGACACCAUCGUAUGGCUUGUUUCAAGGCUUGAGCUCAGUCGUUAGGAAGAACUCGUCGGGGUAUUACUCUACUGCAAUUCUGGCUGGCUUACUCGCCACUGUCAUAUCGUCUUUCGCCCCUGCAGCUUUGUCCGUAGAGCAGACCUUCGUCGAAGAGAGUAGUGUUGUGGCUAUUCAAGUUGGGGCGCUUCCCCUUGGUAGUGUUUAUAACUCAAAUGUCAUAUCGUUUACUACGGAUUUAAACGAUAAGUUCAGCAGUCGAUUAAUGGAAGGAUCUUCAAUGGCCUGGGUACAAACUAUCGUUGGUAAAAACACCCCAUUCCUUCCUACCUCCCCUCAGUAUGCUGUGCCAGUUCCGAUAGGAUUCUCUCCUGGAGUGCGAACACGUUACCUCACUGAUGUUAUUGUCAUGGAUCCAAUCUGCUCCUGGGAAACCCCAGAUCCUCCUGCCUCACCCUUUCUAGACGAUGGUAUUCAAAAGAUCAAUAUCACUCUUCCUUCACAGUCAAUUUUCAAUUCAUAUCUUCUUCCCCUGGGGAGGACUUAUUCCAAGGAUAUUGAAGUCAUCGGAGGAGGCUUAAUCCUUGAUCUAUCAACCUGGAUAAACACAACCACUCAGGAUCCUAUUACUGAUGGCACUAUGGGGUGGUUAAUCUCACAAGUAACUCCCACCUCUGAAACAAAAGUGUUGCCUGGGCCCGACACUUCUAUAAUCAACUUCACUGGGAUUCCAACACAAGAAUUGACAUUUGACUUAAAUGGUGGUUUGAAUGCUAUUAAAGAUUCAAAUUUUACAGAACCACAGAACCUCACAACAAUACAAUUCACUCUCUUGGUCUGCAAACCUAGGGCUUCUGUUGUGACACAAGAAGUGAGAUUAGAUGAAAUGGGAAAGCCAGAUGUCUAUGAGCGGACAGGGCUUAGAAGACAAGGAAAUAUCAAUCAGUUGCAAGCUCAAUUGAUGCUUGAAAUGAGCAUUAUUGAAUAUACAGCUGGUUCGGGUCCAGACACUGGUUUUAAAGGAAUUGGCAAUGCAGGUCAAGUAAAACUCUUCUUUGGGCCAAGUGUUUGGAACAGCACCUCUUUGCCAAUCACACCAAGAAAGAGUUUAGCUGAUGCUCAAGUUCUCAAACCCCUUCCAUUAUCUAAUAUUACAUUGGCUUAUCAACAAGCAGUCCAAGCAUCAACACUUUCAUAUCUAUCUGGGCAAAUAGCCAGCACAUAUGUGCCAGGACGAAUUCAAACCAUGCAGUUAAUAUUCACCUGUUCAAUCCCCCAUGUUAUCCUUUCCACAGUUCUAUUUGGGAUUAUAGUAAUUUGGAUUAUUUACUGCUACUUCCGACCACAUGCUGCCCCAUUUACACUUAUUUCCUUGGGUAUAGCUAUGGAAGGGUCUAAUAUCCCAGAGGUUUGUGAGGAUAUGGGUACUAGAGUUGGAGGUGACUUUGACAAUGAAGUGGGGCUUGAGAAGUUGAAGAAUCGUGCUGUACUGAUGGUGGACAGUAAUGGACCAGGAAGUCGUACCAAGCUGCAUAUACUAUAA